AAUACAGUUCAGUAGUUCCACAUCAUUCUUAACAGUAGUUUAUUUUUGUCUAAAACAGAUACCUUUCAUACGUGCAAAAUUAGAAAAUGGGAUUGAUCUUAUUAGUUUAUUCAAUAUUAAUAACAACAACAGUUAUUAACAUAUUAGCAGCUCCUGUACUAAAACAAAAUGAAUCAAAUAGAGAGCAAAAAUCACUGUUGGAAAAAGUUUUUUAUCCUAAAACUAAAAUCCAUUCCACAAUAAACCAUCAUUCUACCGAACUACAAAAUUCAUUUGGUGUUUCUGGAAAUGUUGGAAUUGGAUUUCAUUUUGGUAGCGGUUAUAGAAUAAAAAACGGUGAUGGAACAGGAGAUCAGGAAAUUGUGCAUAACAAAAUUUAUGAUAAGUAUUUGGGAACUAGUUUUGGUUUUGGAUCAUUGGGAAAUAAUAAAAAAGGUCAUGCUGAAAAUGUUGAACAAUCAGUUACAGCAGACCAAAACACUAUUUWUCAUGAUGAAGUUAAUUUAAUACAUCAAGAAUCUGACAGUGAAAUAAUUCCAACUACAACAGCAACAGCAAAACCAAAGAUCGGAGUUUUCAGGAAAAUCAGUAACUACUGGGCAGGUGAACCAUCAGAACCCAAAAGCAACUAUACUAGUGGUGGUAUUUUUAAAUGGAGUAUGCAAAAUUUAAAAAACAAAAAUAAUGUUGGAACACCUAGAUAAAACAAWAACUGUUACGUGCCUUAAUAUUGAUGAAAACCUAUAAUAUUGUUAUUACUUUAUUAGCUAU